GUUCCCACUCCUCCAGCCCUUGCCAGCUCGACGAGUGUUCCUGUUGGAAGCUCAUGUUCCAGCUCCACGGCAGCUGUUGAGCAGAAUUUGCGCAGCCCCGCUGAAGAUCUAGGUUGCAAUGCUGUGAAUGAAGACAACAUGACACGUAUGCUGACCACCAUCCGAAAUGACAGUCUUGGGAUGUUGGGGGCGGAUGCCGUUGACUCAUUAUUCGAUAACGAAAGCAAUGGCGAAAAUAGUGCUGGACAAGUUCCAUUGGUGACAUCAACGGACAACACCUCAUCUCCAGUGCCGUUUUCACAUGAACCACAAAGUGUUCACUCGGUGCACUCGGCACCUCAGAGUAAUGGUAACUGCAAUCCCCCCUCUACUCCUACUGCAUCUAUCGCUACUCCGUCAGCGUCCCAAUCAAAUAGUUUCAACCAACAAGUGUCAGCCUCACAAUCUACUAGUUUCCCUCAAGCAUCUCCAUCACAUUCCUCGUCAUUCCCUUUGCCUUCCCCAACGCAACCUAGUGGAUAUUCUCAAACGGUAGCACCCGGUCAACCAUCACCUUUUACUCAGAACUCUCAAUCUCAAUCCUCAUUCUUCGCACAGCCAUCAUCAUCACAAAGUGGAAACUUUCCUCUGAACUCAGCGGCUCAAGCGACAUCAUUUCCGAUGGCGCCGUCAUCUCAAACUGCCGGAUUCGCUACCGCAACACCUGCUCAGCCAUCUGCCUUUCCACAGCAGCAAAAUAUAAUGCAGCAGACUGUCUUCGCUCAACAGAUGCAGUCAGCAUCAGGAUUUCCACAGCAAGGUCCCAUGUCAGCGACAUCGAACCCAUAUUCUGCACCAGGUGUUGGAGUCAUGGCUGGAUGUCCAGAUCCGAGUUUUGUUGGGCAACAGAGCAUGAUAAAUCCAGGAUUUGCUAUGAAUGGCUAUCCUGGCUACGAUAUGCCGCCUGCCCAAAUGAGCCAGCAACAGCUUGCUAUGCAGGCUCAACAACAACAAAUGGCAAUGGGAAUGAGCGGGGGUGCGAUGCCUGCCCAACAGUAUCACAUGGUUAUGAUGCAGAAACAUCAGCGGCAUAUGAAAGCUGUAAUGCAACAACGAGGUUUGUUCAGGUUUAGCUGA